AUGAAAUAUACUUAGAUAUAAUCAAAAUCAAUCCUUUACACGAACUCUCAUAUUGGAAAUUAGGUAAUUUUUUUUCAUUUAUUUUUAGGUGAUCUCUUAAGAGAUGAAAAGCUUUAUUAGUAAGCCCGAUAGUAUUAGUGUCAAUUAAUGAAAAUAAUUCAGCAGCCUAUUUUGGAAUAGGUUUUAAUUCAGUAAAUACUCAAGGUGAAUGCUUAAUUGAGGAUAACUAAAAGGAUAAAGCUUUACCAUAUUAUGAUAGAGCCAUUUAGAUAAGCCCAUCUAACCAAGUUUUUUUAAUAUCCGAGGGUAAGGCUUCAGUUUUAAGUUUUUUGGAUAUUGUUUAUUAAUACAGAAUUAAUUAUGAUUGUAAGAAAAUUAGAGAGAUAUGAAGAAGCUAUGAAAAUUUAUGAUAAAGUUUAAAUUCUGAUUCUUAAAAUAUAGAGGCAUAUGCAGUAAAAGGGGAUUUUCUAAGACUGCAAGGCAAAUAUUCAGAUGCAUGCUAAUGCUAUUGUUAAGCAUUAAAUAUUAAUCCAUAGAAAAAUGAUUUAUUAUUUUGGAUUAGUAAAUUAAAUUCAAUUAACUAAAGGUGAAUGCCUAACUUUGAGUGGUUAAUACUAGGAAGCAAUUGAAUACUUUGAUAAAAUAUACAUUCAUAAUAGUAUAAUCUGCUUAUAAAAUUUAUUGAACAUACUCAUUAUAAUGAAUUUAGGUUACAUAAAGAGGCAUAAAAAUAUUUAGAAUUUAACUAAAAAGAAUUAAUAACCAUGA